AUGCAAGAGAUAUGCAACACAGCCGCCCUGCCGCUCGACACUAAUCCACUCGUGCGCAAGAUAAAAUGCGAAGAAUUUCCAACGAUAAGAGGAAAACAGCCUACGAGAAUUGGCAUGGGGGUGCGCGAUGAGAUGGAGGAGGAUUUUGCCGUGAAAGCAAGGAACACACCGCCAAUCGGCCCUGUGCCCGGCCAGGAGCACCCUCGGAUAGAACACGGCGGCAACAGCUUCUGGUUGGCUGCGGUAACGGCUGCUGGAGCACCACAUCCUAUGCUCGAAACAUGCACCGAAACUGGCUUCAUAAACAGCCAACCUUCAAUGGCCGAAUUUAUGACCGCCUUGCCUCAAUUAGGGGCCGGAGAACUGAGCCCUCAGCACACGCCACCCGGAUACGCACCGGAUUUGCCGUCUCCAGGAGGCGGCCUUAAUGUACCCGAGUAUCCUUGGAUGAAAGAGAAAAAAACCACAAGAAAAAGCAGUCAACAAGAAAACGGUCUCCCCCGUCGACUGCGAACGGCAUACACGAACACUCAACUACUGGAACUAGAAAAAGAAUUUCAUUUCAACAAAUACUUAUGUAGACCGAGAAGAAUUGAAAUUGCGGCCUCCCUGGAUCUUACUGAACGACAAGUAAAAGUUUGGUUUCAAAACAGGCGCAUGAAACACAAACGACAAACAUUGAGCAAAAGCGAGGACGGCGAUGACAAGGACUCCACUACGUCCGAAGGUGGGAAGAGCACGAAGGCAAGACUUGACAAAUUUCUAGAUGACGAUGGACCGCUUUCGGGCAAAAAAAGUUGUCAGGGCUGUGAAUUGCCUGCGGGCGCUUUAUGUUCUCCAGCAGAAGACCUACCGGAACUUACCUCUAGGACAAGAAAUAACAACACACCUAGCGCAACGAACAAUAAUAGCUUUGGUAGCGACGGGGCCUCAAGUGUCACUUCGUCUUCUUCGCUCGAUAAAUUAGCAGAAGAAGAUUCUCGUGAUGACCCUACGCCGUCCGUGGUAACUACAACAAGAAACUUAGCGAAGAGAAUCAAACAAGAAACUCGAAAGCGAUCUCCUUCACUAGACGCCGUUGGAUGUAAAGUGUCACCGUCAUCGUCAAAAGAUGGCCUCGGUACGGCGGCCGGUUUACCUGAUGGUGCGAAAUUCUCCUCAGUUAGUAUAACGCCAGCAUCAACACCAGGUACCCCAUCGAGCAUGCACCCCAGUCCAAUAGGUCAUUACCCUCGACCAUCACCUCCGAACGCACCACCAGGCCCACCCCUUCCCCAAGCGGUACCGAACGCUAUGCCGCCUUACGUCGUUAGGGGUAACGCACCCCCCGGUCAGUUUGUUACACACCCCGAUUUCCGUAUGGACUCCAAACAGUUUGUGGGAAAACUCUCACCUUAUCCACAAAACAAUAGAACCUACGAAAACUAUGGACCCGGUCUGCAGUCUGCUGACCAACACACUUACUCUAGAAACCAACAACAUACGAGACAAGAGGGAUCUGCAUCUGCGAGAUCCGCAAAUGGCAUAGGUUCUCGGUCGGCUUAUCCCCACGAAAUGUAUCAAAAUUACGGAUAUCCGACUUACGGUAAAGAUCAAACAGGAUACGGUCACGCCGCAUACGAUCACGGCCAAUACGCCGGGGAACACAUGACGUAUGCGAAUAGCCAUGGCUACAGCUAUCACUAUCAUGAGGGCACGCAACACGAACACCCGCAUGGUUACUACGCUACAGAAGGUCAAAAAAAUGCACACAGUAACGAAUACACAAAAAACGCUUACUAUGAUGCGAACGUCUACAGUAAUCAACAAGCUCCGACUCCGAAUGCGGUCUAUGGACCAAAUGGACCUCAGGGCAGUACUUCGGGAGAGCAAUACGGAGGCGAGUGUAGUGAUGGAUAUAGUUCCUUCCAACAGUUUUAUGAGGCGACUCAUGCUACACCUGCUGGCGACAACUCAAACUCUUCCUCGGACUUCCACUUCUUGAGUAAUCUCGCCAAUGACUUCGCUCCAGAAUAUUAUACCAUUUGA